AUGGCCACUCAUCCCCUUGACCCCGCUCUUCCCGAAGAGAUUCAACUUGCUACGGACUUGGUCAAAGGCAGCUACCAAGGUGUAGAUCUGCACUUCAAGGCUGCAGGCCUCGAAGAGCCACCGAAGGAUAUACUUGUCAAGUUUUUGGAGGCCGAGCGCAACAAUCAGCCACUCCCAGCGAUUCCUCGUUGCCUAUUCCUCAUCUGGUAUAUCAAGAGAUCUCCUCGUCUUUUCGAGGCCAUUGUCGAUGUCACCAACAAGCAGUUUGUUCAUCAUGUUGAGCUCCCGCGAGACUUCCAUGGACCUGUUGACCGAUCCGAGAUGAACGAGGCUGCCCAAGUCACCAUGGCCGAUCCACGCGUGAAAGCGGAAAUACAAAGACUCAAGAUCGACGACACCACUGUGGUCCUCGAUCCCUGGGACUAUGGAGUUGAUGGCGAGGAUACCCAGACUCGCCAUACUCAGGUUUUCAUGUACAUGCGAAACCCCGAGAACAAUGAUCCGGAUUCAAACCACUACUGUUUCCCUUUGGAUUUCAUGGUGAUUGUGAAUCUCUGCACUAUGCAAGUCGAGAAGAUCGUCCGUCUGCCACUAGGAAGUGAUCAAGCCGCGACUCCCGUCGGCUCAUCUGUUCCACACCGUCGUACCCAACCCGUGGAGCCCGAAUACGACCACCGAUUGCAGAAGAACCCUCCUCGUACAACCCUGAAGCCUUACCAGGUCUUGCAACCCGAAGGUGCUUCGUUUACUGUCGUGGGCCAGCUUGUCGAGUGGGAAAAAUGGCGUUUCCGCGUGGGUUUCAACUGGCGUGAAGGCUUAACCCUUCACGAUCUCUCAUUUGAUGGCAAGAGCGCCUUCUAUCGGCUUUCGCUUUCAGAGAUGUUUGUUCCGUACGGUGACCCUCGAAAUCCUAUCUACCGCAAGGGCGCUUUCGAUCUCGGCAAUGUGGGUGCUGGUGUCACGGCAAACAAUCUACAACUUGGCUGCGACUGCCUCGGCGUGAUCAAGUAUUUCGAUGGCUGUGUUGUGGCUGCUGAUGGUAGUCCUGCCCUUCGACCCAAUGCUAUCUGUUUGCACGAAAUCGACAAUGGAAUUCAGUGGAAGCACACGAACCACCGCACAGGAAAAGCCACGGUGGUGCGGAAGCGUCAGUUGGUCCUGCAGACUAUCAUCACCGUCGCCAACUACGAAUAUAUCUUCAUGUGGUAUUUUGAUCAGUCUGGAGAAAUCACCUUCGAGACCCGCGCCACUGGAAUUCUAUCUACUCAGCCGAUUGAUAAGGAUGCAAAGGUCCCGUGGGGCACUCGCGUCGCUGAUGGUGUCAUGGCUCCUUACCAUCAACACUUGUUCAACAUUCGUAUCGAUCCUGCUGUUGGGGGUCAUUCGAACAGUUUUGCGUCGACUGACUCUGUUCCGAUCCCGUGGGACGAUGACCUGAACCCUCUUGGCACGGGCUACGUCACUGAGGAGAAGAUUCUGGAUCGUGCUGGCCCUGUUGAAGACGACUUUUCCAAGGGUAGAGUAUUCAAGAUUUUAAAUGAAGGACUGCAGAACCCGAUCUCAUUGACCCCGAUCGGAUAUAAACUCGUUCCUAUUCGGUCUCAGUUACUUCUAGCCAGACCCGGUAGCUGGCACUGGCGCCGAUCUGAGUUCUGUGAGCAUUCCAUCUGGGUUACCAAGUACAAGGAUCGGCAGCUAUUCCCGGCCGGUGAUUACACCAACCAAUCGCUUGGGGGUACCGGCAUCAAGUCAUGGCUUGAGGCCCGUGAUAGUGUGCGAAAUGAGGACAUUGUCAUAUGGCAUACUUUCGGGUUCACGCACAACCCUCGUGUUGAGGACUUCCCCAUCAUGCCAGCUGAAAUCGCUCAGGUGCAUCUUAAGCCCUACAACUUUGCCCUAUACAACCCCACCAACGACGUGCCGCCUUCGAACCAGUUGGCCAACCAGAGUGUCGCUUAUCAAGCGCCGACUCAGUCCUUGUCGCCAGCUCAGACUCAAGAACAAAACAAGGCCACUGAUUGCUGCAAAAGCCAUUUAUGA